AUGAAAGAUAUCCGCAUCCACAAGCUCAUCCUGAACAUCUCCGUCGGGGAAUCAGGCGAUCGUCUCACCAAAGCGGCGAAAGUGCUCGAGCAACUCACCGGUCAGCAACCGGUCUUCUCCAAAGCAAGAUACACCGUCCGCACGUUCGGUAUUCGUCGUAACGAAAAAAUCGCCUGCCACGUGACCGUCGGCAACAGAGACAAAGCUUUGCAAAUCUUGGAGUCUGGAUUGAAGGUGAAGGAGUUUGAACUCUUGAAGAAAAACUUUAGCUCGACCGGGAACUUUGGUUUCGGCAUUCAAGAGCACAUCGAUUUAGGCAUUAAAUACGACCCGUCCACUGGGAUUUACGGCAUGGACUUCUUCGUCGUUUUAGAACGACCCGGGUUUCGCGUCAGCCGACGCAGAAAGUGCCAAAAGAAAGUUGGCAAGUCGCACAAGUUGACGAAAACAGACGCGAUGAAGUGGUUUCAGCAGAAAUUCGAAGGCAUCAUCUUGGCCAGAGCGUAUUAA